AUGAUCAUCCCGGUGCGCUGCUUCACCUGCGGCAAGGUGAUUGGGAACAAGUGGGACCUCUACCUCGACCUCCUCCAGGCCGACUACUCGGAAGGGGAUGCUCUGGAUGCUUUGGAAUUGUUCCGCUACUGCUGCAGGCGAAUGCUCAUGACCCAUGUUGACCUCAUCGAGAAGUUGCUCAACUACAACACCCUGGAGAAGACCGAGACAAGUUAA